CAGAGCAGGGCAGGCAUGUUGGCGCUACAGCUACAAAAACAUACCAUGAACUCCUUAUAGUUUUUUUCGGUCUGUCCUCACAGGGAGGUAUGGACAUGGCUGUGAAUUUCUUGUUCUUCGUUGCCGUGAACCUUGCCUAUUUAGCUGUAAAUGGAUAUUUGGUCUGCGGGGAAAGAUCAUUCUCUAUAGACUACAAGAACAACUGCUUCCUAAAAGAUGGGAGGCCUUUCCAGUACAUCUCUGGCAGUAUUCACUACUCCAGGAUCCCUCGGUACUACUGGAAGGAUCGGCUCGCCAAGAUGUACAUGGCAGGGCUCAAUGCAGUCCAAAUAUAUGUGCCCUGGAACUAUCAUGAGGCAGUACAUGGGGUGCACAACUUCACAGGGGACCGAGACUUGGAGCAUUUCCUGAGCCUGGCUAAUGAUACCGGCCUUCUUGUCAUCCUACGUCCAGGACCUUACAUAUGUGCAGAGUGGGAAAUGGGCGGUUUGCCAGCGUGGCUGCUUGAGAAGCCGAACAUCUUACUUCGCUCAGCUGACACAGAUUAUGUGGAGGCAGUCAGCAACUGGCUGGCUGUUCUCCUCCCCAAAGUGAAGCCCUGGCUCUAUACCAACGGGGGCAACAUCAUUAGUGUCCAGGUUGAGAAUGAAUAUGGAAGUUACUACGCUUGUGACUACAACUACAUGCGUCACCUGCGGACACUGUUCCGCUUCUUCCUGGGCGAGGACACGGUCCUGUUCACCACUGAUGGAAACACAGACAAGGAGAUGUCAUGUGGGACUCUGGAAGGACUAUAUGCCACUGUUGACUUUGGCACAGAUGUCAAUAUAACAAAAGCCUUCGACCGUCAGAGGAGGUUUGAACCUCACGGCCCCCUGGUGAACUCGGAGUUCUACACCGGCUGGUUGGACCACUGGGGAGAUCAGCAUGCCGUGGUUGACACUCAGAAGGUCAGCAGAGUGCUAGCAGAAAUGCUCUCCAUGGGGGCCAACGUCAACAUGUACAUGUUUGAGGGAGGCACAAACUUCGGCUACUGGAACGGUGCUGAUCAUGACAACAGGUUUCGCUCAGUAGUGACGAGUUAUGAUUACAACGCCCCGCUGACUGAGGCAGGAGACCCUACAGAGAAGCUGCUGGCCAUCAGAGAUGUCAUUAAGCUGUUUAGAGAUGUUCCAUCCGGUCCCAUGCCACCAGCAACUCCCAAAUUUGGCUAUGGCUUUGUGACCCUGAGCAAGGUUGGCAACAUCAGCAGUCUAUUGAACAUCCUCUCACCCCAAGGGCCUGUCAAAUCCCAGUACCCUCUGACAUUUGAGCAGAUGAAACAGUACUAUGGAUAUAUGCUGUAUCGGACCACGCUGCCCAGGGACCUCUCAGAGCCCACGCCACUUAUCUCUCCACUGAAUGGGGUUCAUGACCGUGCAUAUGUGUCCGUCAAUGGGGAAUACCAGGGCCUACUGGAGAGAGACACCACACUAGUGAUUAAUGUCACUGGGCGGCAGGGAGACACCAUGGACAUCCUGGUGGAGAACAUGGGCAGGGUCAACUUUGGCAGCAAAAUAAACGACUACAAGGGCCUCGUGAGCAACCUGAUCCUGGGAAAAUAUGUGCUGACUGACUGGGAGAUCUACCCUCUGGACAUUGACGGAGCCAUAGCUGGGAGAUGGCCUCAUUCAGACAGUCGGCACCCCUUGCCCGGCCUUCAGAGAGAGCCUUCAAGUGGGCCAGUCUUCUACACAGGAACCUUACAGCCCAUUGGUCUGGCUUGGGACACCUUUCUCAAGCUCAUUGAAUGGACAAAGGGCCAGGUGUGGAUCAACGGUGUGAAUCUGGGUCGGUACUGGCCAGCCAGGGGCCCUCAACAGACUCUGUACGUCCCGGGACCCCUGCUCAGCACCAGCCAGCCCAACAACAUCACAGUGCUGGAGCUGGAGAAGGCCCCGGCACAUUUACAGGUUCUCUUCAUGGACCGGCCUCAGCUUGACAGCCCUGUUGUAAAGCCAUGAGAGCGCACUUCCAGUCACUGUCAGAGAAUACGGGUCUGUUCAGGGUAUGAUAGAGGUGAUGUGUCAUCCCAGCAGCGUUGACUGAAACACUCCGCCUCCUAACAGUCCAACUGGCAUGUGAAGCGAUUGCCCAGAGUAACAAAACUCUGUCCGAUAUUAUUUCUGUCGCAUCAGUAUUCUCACUCACUCAUGUUUUUGACAAUCAGUGUUUCAUAAAUAGCCAUUUUUUAAUCAGUACUUAAGACAUCCAGUGCCAAUUGCUUGCACUGAUUUUAACCUUUAAUGCAGCUCUCCACAGCCAAACACCAAUCAUACCAUCUUGCACAGAAAAAAGCCAAAAAGUGUGCCUAUUGAUUCUUUAUCACAGUUGCCUUGUUUUUCCUUUUUUAAUCAUUGCAGAUUCAGUGAAUAAAUUAUACAUUUGCUUUUUAAUA